CCGUUUGCUCGCCCAUCACUCCGCUCCGCACGCGGUCAGGAGCACAUAGACCCCAUCCACCCCUUUGUCUCUCUCUCUGCAGCUGAGCGGAAGCUCGGCUGUGCGAUUUCCUAACAAGUGAUCGGCCCAGAUCGGAAACUACGCAUCGUGUGCUUUCGUCAACAAUGAGUAAGACAGGGCAACGUGCCGCCAAGCGCGUCUAGGUUUCUUUAAAACACACCCCGAUAGGAAGGCGGACUUAAUUUUGAAGAUACAUAAGAGGUGUAGACACGAGGUUUAUUAUAAACUGGAUACACAGAGGCUGGCACAAACCCAACAAAGCGAUUCACACAGUGCCGAGAAGUGUCUCAACUGCCUGCGCAUAGACUCUCCCUUAACAGAAUCCAUUAGGGGUUUUCCUGCUGACUGCUUGCACACAGGUGUGCGCAUAAAGAAUUAAGACUCCCGCUGUCCUUUCUGCGAACAUCAAACAGAAGAGAUCAGGAUGCAGCAUCUGGAUGAUGACAAGCCCAAGAAGAAGUUGACGCCUUACCUUCUCUACUGCGUUUCAACAGCAGUCAUCGGCUCCCUACAAUUUGGCUACAACACCGGCGUCAUCAAUGCACCCGAGCAGAAACUGCGGACAUUUUUCUCUAAUGUGUCUCAGAGCCGAUACGGGGAGCCUUUUCAGUCACAGACAAUUACUCUGGUCUGGAGUUUUGCUGUGGCCAUCUUUAGCGUGGGAGGCAUGAUCGGGUCCUUCUCUGUUGGAGCAGUGGUUAACAAAUUUGGCAGGCGAAAGUCCAUGCUGAUGAACAACAUCCUGGCUCUACUGGGUGGCGGUAUGAUGGGACUGGCGACUCUGAGUCAAUCUUUUGAGAUGGUCAUAAUUGGCCGGUUCAUCAUCGGUGUGUUCUGCGGUCUAUGCACGGGUCUGACGCCCAUGUACGUGGGCGAGAUCUCUCCCACCGCUGUCCGCGGAGCCUUCGGCACGCUGCACCAGCUGGGUGUAGUUAUUGGCAUCCUGGUGGCACAGAUCUUUGGUCUGGAGUUUUUGCUGGGCUCAGACACUCUGUGGCCUCUCCUGCUCGCUCUGACUAUCCUGCCUGCCGUACUGCAGACAAUCAUGCUGCCCUUUUGCCCUGAAAGCCCUCGCUACCUCUUCAUUGUUCUCAAACAAGAGGAGGAGGCUAGAAAAGCUCUGGUGCGUCUGCGUGGCACUGAAGACGUGGAUGAUGACAUUCAAGAGAUGAAGGAAGAAGGGAUGAAGAUGGCCAUGGAAAAGAAAGUGACCAUCUUAGAACUGUUCCGCUCGCCAAACUAUCGCCAGCCAAUCAUUAUCGCUAUUAUCCUGCAGCUCUCCCAGCAGCUGUCUGGCAUCAACGCUGUCUUUUACUACUCCACAGGCAUCUUUAGUAACGCUGGUGUAUCUGAGCCCAUCUACGCCACCAUCGGCGCUGGAGUCGUCAACACAGUGUUUACUGUUGUCUCUCUCUUCCUGGUUGAACGGGCGGGACGCAGGACGUUGCACCUGAUUGGACUGGCUGGAAUGGCCAUCUGCGCCCUGAUCAUGACCAUCUCCCUGUCCUUAGUGAAGACCACCCCAUCUCUAAGUUAUCUGGCAAUUGUGGCUGUGUUUGGCUUUGUUGCCAGUUUUGAGAUGGGUCCAGGUCCCAUCCCCUGGUUCAUCGUGGCUGAGCUCUUCUCCCAGGGGCCCCGACCUGCAGCCAUGGCCGUCUCUGGUUUCUCAAACUGGACUGCCAACUUCCUGGUGGGGCUGGGUUUCCCUAGACUGGAGGAAAUUUGUGGCCCUUACGUCUUCAUCAUCUUCAUGGUCCUCCUCAUCCUGUUCUUCAUCUUCACCUACCUACGAGUCCCUGAGACAAAAGGGAGGACCUUUGACGACAUUGCACAGGGAUUCGCCGCCAGGGUGGAAAAACCCUCCCACUCCCCGGUGCCUGAGGCAGUUGUGGUUGAAAACAAAGAGCCUGCACCGAUGUCCCCCACAGAAAAAGUUCCCAUGGUGAAUCUUCCUUCAGAAGCAAAAUGAAAAACUGUAGAAGAUACGAAGGAAGAUUUGGUGCAAAACAAAGCAGACAAACAUGGGCCUUGCACAUAGCUAGUGUAAAAGUUCUAUUAUUAUAUAUACUAUUUUAUAUUUACAUAUUAAGUUAUAUUGCAUAAGUCAGAAAUAAUGAAAGGUGUGUGUUUGGAAGAAGCCACUUCAGUGUACUAAUGCAAAAAAAAAAAGUUUUGGUAUUUUAUAUGUGUGCUUUUAAAGUGCCUUUUUAAAAAAAUGAAAGAGUGUUUUUAAAGAUCCCUCCCAGCUAGAAAUGCUUAAUUAAUGGACUGAAUUCCUCUUUAAUCCUGCUUUAAACACGGUCUACACUUAAAUGAAUUACCAGUAUUUAAGGUUUGUUGACAUUUCCAGUGCCAGCUCCCAUCCUUUUUUACCUUAUAAGAGGAUCAGCAUAUGUUCUGUGUGAGGUCUUCAGCUACCAACAGUGUUAAAAGGUUGCAGGAUUUGGGGGUUUAUGUAUUGAGGUCAAGCUUGAAAAGACGGAUUUGGAGUUCGGUUGUUUGACCCCCCAAAAAGAAAAGAUUGACUUGCUGUCCUCUCUGAAAUGCCUUGUUGCCUGCCUUGAGGCAGAAAAAAAGCACUGAGGGGGGUUUAGCAGCAGUUCCUCUCCACUUCAGGUCCAUAUAGAUUUUGAAUAAAUAUAUUUAUGUAUGUAGAAAACAAAGACUUCCUCUCAUCCAGCAGUAGCACCACAUACCCUGACAGCAGAGGAUGUCUCUGCUUGUCCGCUGUUUGGAUGCGACAGCUUUUGUGCCGAGAAAGAAACAAAACAAGGCGAGUUCUGUAAGCCGGAGCCGUCUGCAUCAAAUGUAAUAUUUGUAUGAGGAUGAGAGAGACGUAGUCCAGCACCGCCAAGCCUGAACAAAGCCUCUUUAAGGCUUCUCAAAAAAACAAAAGCUUACCUCUUUAGUUUGCAGAUUUCACUGCAGGGUACAAAGUAGAACGAGGAAAAAAAAAAUGCUGGCGUUUACAGCUCAGAUUGGAUUUUAGAAACUCAGGUGGCCAACUGUGUAUGUUUAUAGCUCCCAACUGUUACAGCACAGAAAGGAUAUUUAUCCACCACUGCACUUGAAACUCUUUCCACAUCUGUAGAGCAUUUGAGAGAAGCAGCUAUUGCAAAGUAGGUCGUAAAAUAAAAUACAGUUUUAAAGCAGUGUUUUAAAGUAUUUGCUAGUGUGAAACUGUUACCUCAUUUGAGGGAUGUGUAGAAGCACAUUGUGGUCUACUGAUAACUAAACACACAUCUCAGUCAAAACAGGUCAUUACACACGCUUGACGAUGUUGAAUUAAAAAAACACUACGUGAAUUGUAUUUAUUUUAGAACCGAAGAGUCGUUGUUUGCAUUUGUUUCUAACUGUUUGAAAUGAUGUGAAUAUAUUGUAAAGGCUCCAGUUACUGCACACUGAUCAGCUGCUGCAGCACAUGAUGUGUCGGUGUUUGCAGAGCAGCAUCUUCUUCUGGGUGUGCACAAACUGAUGAGCUUAACAGGGUUAUGUUAGCACUUUGGCAGUCAGACUACUGAAUAAUGAUUGCGCAUACUGUUUGCGCCCGUUACAUGUAAAUGUGUCGCACGUGCUCGAGAGGUGUGCGGUUUUCACCUGUCCUGUGAAACCUGUUACUUCCACCUUGAUUUUUCUUGCACUCUGCACUCCUAGUGUCACUGUAUCAGAUGCAGUUGUGUUGCUUUGCAGUUUUCACAUUUUUAAUAUGUAUAUUUUGCUCUUUUGUUAUCUCUUUUUUUGUUUGUGUAAAUAAACAGAAAC